GGGCGACACAGCCUUUCCGCCCUGCUAAACAAGGACGCGAAACAUCCCACUGGUUCUCAUAGCAGUUCCUUAUAAAGGCUAUUCAGUUGUGGGAUAUGACAGCAUCAGGUGUAUUGUUAUUUCCGAGUGUGCGCCUCGAUGAUGUGGGCUGCAAAUCUUGCAGUAAUCUGUCUUGUUCUUGUCCGUCAGUCAUACAGUAAGCUUCUUUUGGAAGGCUUCAAGUCUGAAGAUGCCAGUCCUGCUUGGAUCUAUUUGCAUUGUUCAAAAGACGGAUGGACACCUCAGAUUUCGUUCUACUGGAAACUUAACAACACGAUAGUAUUUAGGACAAACUGGUUUCACGCAUACAUUAGCGAUAGUUCGUUCAUGGGUAAGGUACGUAUGUACACUGGCUGGCGCGACCAUUAUGUAAACAUCUCUGAACCAGCGGACACAGCUAUCAGCUCCAAGUGGAGAUGCGGGGAUAAUGAUGAUGAUGAGGAGGAGGAGGAGGAUUGGAGCAACGAAGUGUGUCUGUCGGAUGGUGGGACAAUGACGAAGACCGUUAUGCCAGUUAAAGGAAAUAUAACAUUUGAAGUCAAGCCGGAAGAAAUUUUCGAGGGUAGGAACUUAACAAUGAGCUGCAUUUUGGAUGCUGAGAAUGCUACUCGCCUGUCACAGACGGAGGAUUUCGAAGUGAUUUGGAUUCGAAAUGACACCAUGUUUGCCGUGACCUUUCACAAUGGAACACUUCUGCUAGUGAAUCCUUACGACAACAACAGAACAACGAUUCUUCAUCACCACGUCAGCGUCAACAGCAGUGAACACAGCAUCACCAUGGUGGCGCGCCCACACCUGCAGUCCACGUGGUACUGUGGCAAUCAUCUGGUAGAGCAGCCAAGUAACACUGUCUCCAUCAUCGUUAGAGCAGCUGGUGACAGUACCACGACGUCUCCUCUUCCAGGCUCUCUUGAUACCGACAGUCCCGUCUUGUAUAUUGCCAUUGGUUGCACCGUGGUCGUUGUCGUGAUUGCUGUCGCCAUCCUUGUUGUCGCUGUACAGAAAAAGAGGCAGGCAAACAGACUAGAAGGAUCAAAUAAAACCGUCGCUGAAAGCUCAUCGGCACCCAAUCGACGAGGCAAGAUAGAAAUGGAGGACAAUAUUCUUUAUGAACAAAGUGCAAUUGACAAAGCCUCGAACGGCAGUGAAAAAGUGAUGAUGGAAAAUACCCUGUAUGUCAGCGCUGAUGAUGAGGGUGACAACGCGGUAACAGGUUACACGGCUGUAUGAUCCGUACGACAUGGGGCAAAUACAGUUGAACAGAACCAUUCUUGUUACGUUUACCAUAAUUUUCCCCAUUCUUCCAGAAUAGGUAAUCGAUGCACAGGGGUCAGAUCGAAUCCAAUAAUUAUGAUUCGUCAUAACAAUGAUCGCCAUUAUUAUUAAAAAGAAGUUAACCGCACACACCCUGGAUAAUAUGGCAAAACAAUAACCGUUAACGUUCUUUUUCAAAUGUUGCUUUCCUGUUUACAAUCUCAAUCUGUAUUUGUUUUGAAAAUCUUUAGGACGCAAUGUUCAUAUCUCUAAUAGCUCUUACAAAAGGCAUCACACUUCUUUCUUUUUCCGCCGUCUUCUGUAGUGAAGUAUACUCAGUUUAAUGCUAUAAUGCCAUCACUACUUCUUGCUUUAUCCGUCGUCUUCUGUAGGGAAGUGUACUCAGUUUAAUGCUAUAAUGCCAUCACUACUUCUUCCUUCACCCACCGUCUUCUGUAGGGAAGAAUACUCAGUUUAAUGCUAUAAUGCCAUCACUACUUCUUCCUUCAUCCACCGUCUUCUGUAGUGAAGAAUACUCAGUUUAAUGCUAUAAUGCCAUCACUACUUCUUCCUUCACCCACCGUCUUCUGUAGUGAAGAAUACUCAGUUUAAUGCUAUAACGCCAUCACUACUUCUUCCUUCACCCACCGUCUUCUGUAGGGAAGUAUACUCAGUUUAAUGCUAUAUUGCCAUCACUACUUCCUGCUUCAUCCGCCGUCUUCUGUAGUGAAGUAUACUCAGUUUAAUGUUAUAAUGCCAUCACUACUCCUGCUUCAUCCACCGUCUUCUGUAGUGAAGAAUACACAGUUUAAUGCUAUAAUGCCAUCACUACUCCUGCUUCAUCCACCGUCUUCUGUAGUGAAGAAUACUCACUUUAAUGUUAUAAUGCCAUCACUACUUCUUCCUUCAUCCACCGUCUUCUGUAGUGAAGAAUACUCAGUUUAAUGCUAUAAUGCCAUCACUACUUCUUCCUUCAUCCACCGUCUUCUGUAGUGAAGAAUACUCAGUUUAAUGCUAUAAUGCCAUCACUACUUCUUCCUUCACCCACCGUCUUCUGUAGUGAAGAAUACUCAGUUUAAUGCUAUAAUGCCAUCACUACUUCUUCCUUCAUCCACCGUCUUCUGUAGUGAAGAAUACUCACUUUAAUGUUAUAAUGCCAUCACUACUUCUUCCUUCAUCCACCGUCUUCUGUAGUGAAGAAUACUCAGUUUAAUGCUAUAAUGCCAUCACUACUUCUUCCUUCACCCACCGUCUUCUGUAGGGAAGUAUACUCAGUUUAAUGCUAUAAUGCCAUCACUACUUCUUCCUUCAUCCACCGUCUUCUGUAGUGAAGAAUACUCAGUUUAAUGCUAUAAUGCCAUCACUACUUCUUCCUUCACCCACCGUCUUCUGUAGUGAAGAAUACUCAGUUUAAUGCUAUAAUGCCAUCACUACUUCUUCCUUCACCCACCGUCUUCUGUAGGGAAGAAUACUCAGUUUAAUGCUAUAAUGCCAUCACUACUUCUUCCUUCAUCCACCGUCUUCUGUAGUGAAGAAUACUCAGUUUAAUGCUAUAAUGCCAUCACUACUUCUUCCUUCACCCACCGUCUUCUGUAGUGAAGAAUACUCAGUUUAAUGCUAUAACGCCAUCACUACUUCUUCCUUCACCCACCGUCUUCUGUAGGGAAGUAUACUCAGUUUAAUGCUAUAUUGCCAUCACUACUUCCUGCUUCAUCCGCCGUCUUCUGUAGUGAAGUAUACUCAGUUUAAUGUUAUAAUGCCAUCACUACUCCUGCUUCAUCCACCGUCUUCUGUAGUGAAGAAUACACAGUUUAAUGCUAUAAUGCCAUCACUACUUCUUCCUUCAUCCACCGUCUUCUGUAGUGAAGAAUACUCAGUUUAAUGCUAUAAUGCCAUCACUACUUCUUCCUUCACCCACCGUCUUCUGUAGUGAAGAAUACUCAGUUUAAUGCUAUAAUGCCAUCACUACUUCUUCCUUCAUCCACCGUCUUCUGUAGUGAAGAAUACUCACUUUAAUGUUAUAAUGCCAUCACUACUUCUUCCUUCAUCCACCGUCUUCUGUAGUGAAGAAUACUCAGUUUAAUGCUAUAAUGCCAUCACUACUUCUUCCUUCACCCACCGUCUUCUGUAGGGAAGUAUACUCAGUUUAAUGCUAUAAUGCCAUCACUACUUCUUCCUUCAUCCACCGUCUUCUGUAGUGAAGUAUACUCAGUUUAAUGUUAUAAUGCCAUCACUACUCCUGCUUCAUCCAACGUCUUCUGUAGUGAAGAAUACUCAGUUUAAUGCUAUAAUGCCAUCACUACUCCUGCUUCAUCCACCGUCUUCUGUAGUGAAGAAUACUCACUUUAAUGUUAUAAUGCCAUCACUACUUCUUCCUUCAUCCACCGUCUUCUGUAGUGAAGAAUACUCAGUUUAAUGCUAUAAUGCCAUCACUACUUCUUCCUUCACCCACCGUCUUCUGUAGUGAAGAAUACUCAGUUUAAUGCUAUAAUGCCAUCACUACUUCUUCCUUCACCCACCGUCUUCUGUAGUGAAGAAUACUCAGUUUAAUGCUAUAAUGCCAUCACUACUUCUUCCUUCAUCCACCGUCUUCUGUAGUGAAGAAUACUCAGUUUAAUGCUAUAAUGCCAUCACUACUUCUUCCUUCACCCACCGUCUUCUGUAGGGAAGGAUACUCAGUUUAAUGCUGUAAUGCCAUCACUACUUCCUGCUUCAUCCGCCGUCUUCUGUAGUGAAGUAUACUCAGUUUAAUGCUAUAAUGCCAUCACUACUUCCUGCUUCAUCCGCCGUCUUCUGUAGUGAAGUAUACUCAGUUUAAUGCUAUAAUGCCAUCACUACUUCUUCCUUCAUCCACCGUCUUCUGUAGUGAAGAAUACUCACUUUAAUGUUAUAAUGCCAUUACUACUUCUUCCUUCAUCCACCGUCUUCUGUAGUGAAGAAUACUCAGUUUAAUUCUAUAAUGUCAUCACCACUUCCUGCUUAAAAAAUACCAGAAACUCGAGCCGGCAUAAGGCAAGAGUUUUUCAACGACUGACCACAUAUGUCCAUUGAAAUGCAAAGCUUUUGUGGCUUUUGUAGAUUAUAAGGAAGCUUUUGCUUCAGUAAAUAGGGAUGAGUUAUGGUUUCUUUUAAAAUCUUAUGGUCUGAAUGCUGAAUGCACUGAGAAGUAUUUAUAAAAGGGUUAAAUCGCGUGGAAGAGGAAACGUAAAGGUUAUACGUUAUUUUAUCUUUUCGAAUGGUUUACGCCAAGGAGGCAUUUUAAGCCCCUUACUCUGAUCCUUGUUCAUAAGUGAACUGUUAAAGGUUGUUAUUUGUAAUUGCAAAUAUGGUAUUCAAUUAUUUCCGGAUUUACCAGAAACAGUUUUACUAUUAUGGGCUGACGACAUUAGUUUAGUGUCAGAUAGUUCCAUUGGGUUACAGUCGCAACUAAAUAUUCUUGAAACUCUUAUUGAUAAUUAUAUUUGAAAGAAAACCGAAAUUUGUGGUAUUUAGACGGGGAGAAAAGGAUACUUGGCAUUACAAAUGAAAUAACAACAAAUAUCUUAUAUUAUUCAGAAUUUAGGACUCUGUUAGAACCAGAGAAGUUUCUCUCAAUCUUGUCUGAAAGAAACUUUAGAAACAUUCUCUUAUUAAUAUUAAUAUUUGGUUGACAAAUCACUAAAAAUAUGUCAAGUUUGCAAUUUUAAUAUAGAGAACGAAUAAAACCUUUGAUUUAUUUCUUUGAUAGGCAUUUAGAAGUUGGAGUACUAAGUAAGGAUAAGAAUGUAUGCAUGAACAACUUCUUUAUAACAUAUUACAUAUUAUGUAAUAUAGAAGUUAUUCAUUCAUUACUUAUGAAGAUCCUAGAAAAGUAUAUCUACCGGAAAAAUUCUUGAAAUAUCCUAACUUAAAUAUCUUUACGUCUAUCUUGGGCACAAACAAUUAAAAAAAUUAUCACAUUACUUAUUAUUUGCUUGAGAAACACGAGUAUCAGUUGUAAUGAACUGACAAUUUCAUUGUGUUUUGUGUUCAUGUAUUUUUGUAUCCAUGUAUUGUGUCAUCUACUUGCUUUGUGUAAGUGGUUUUGUAUAUGAGCCUGAGGCCUUCAUGCAAAUAAACUUCUUGUUCUUCCUCA